CUAUGAAGUUGAAGUUUGUUUGUAAUUGUAAUUAAUUUUUUGCUUUGCUUUGCAUUCACUAAUUCUAGACUUUUGAAGUGAAGCAUUAUUUGCCUUUUCUUCAUCAAGCACACAUAAACGAGGAACUCAGAAGUUUAUUUGAAGCCUGAGACUCUACAUUAUCUCCAACUGUGCUGAUCAAUCCCAAAAUGAUUACGGAUAUUCGCCCAAAUCACACCAUUUACAUCAACAAUCUAAAUGAAAAAAUUAAGAAAGAAGAUCUUAAAAAGUCUCUGUAUGCAAUAUUCUCACAAUUUGGACAGAUUUUAGAUAUUGUCCAUUUGCGUAAUAUCAGAAUGAGGGGACAAGCGUUUGUAAUAUUUAAGGAAAUCAACAGUGCAACAAAUGCAUUAAGGUCUAUGCAGGGUUUUCCUUUCUACGACAAGCCUAUGAGGAUCCAGUAUGCUAAAACAGAUUCGGAUGCAAUAGCAAAAAUGAAGGGCACUUUCCAAGAAAAACCCAAACGCGUUAAGCGAGUCGUCGGAGUAGAUGACCCCAACGAGCAGAAGAAAGCCAAAAAGAAAGCUGCUAAGGAGCAGGCAAGAUUAAUGAAUCAGCAAGCAGCACACGUCCAGGCUGCACCUCAACCUGCUCAGUUCAGUUCUCAACCCCAGCCAGCACCUGGACUAGUUGCUAAUGUCCCCGAACAGCCUCCCAACCAGAUCCUGUUCCUGACAAACCUCCCUGAUGAGACCAAUGAAAUUAUGUUAUCCAUGCUUUUCAAUCAAUUCCCUGGAUUCAAGGAGGUGCGUCUUGUUCCUAAUCGACACGACAUCGCUUUUGUCGAAUUUGAAAAUGAACAUCAAGCAGCAGCUGCAAAGGUCGCUCUUCAAGGAUUCCGAAUCACUCCUACUCAUGCAAUGAAGAUUUCAUUUGCCAAAAAAUAAAAAUGCCAACCGACUUUUCUAAGGUUUGAAUAUUUUUUAAGGUAUGAGAAACACUUUUUUUUCCCCCUUCAUUUUUACCUAUCCAUUUAGGCUAUGUAAAUGCAGGGAAGUUCAUUGUUUUUAAGAACCCUACAGUAAAAAUUCUUUAAGAAGACAUUGUUUUGGACCAGGGGAUAUGGGUAGUUCCUCAAAAAACUGCCUUAGACUGACUGUUUUCUGUGUCGGGUGGACUUUUGAAACUGAGGUCACUCAUCUGUAUGGUACUACGUCUUUGCCAUCAAAUUUUUUUCAAAGCAAAAAACUCGUAAAUGCCCAAAUAUUUUAUGCAGAUAGCAAAAUCAAGAGUGAAUUUCAGACUUUCUCAAUGAGCUCAUCGUAAUUGUCAAACCAAUUUCCACCAGGUAUGUUUUUGGGGCACAGGUAGCGCAUAAGUCUUAUGCCCAUACUUAGAGACACCUCAAUGCAAUGAAGAUAGUGACCUUAAUUACUGCGCAAAUUUUCUUCAACCCUCUGAUAGUACAGGAAUACCUACCAAAAGUCUAAAACCAAACAUGUUUCUCUCAAAUAUUGAUAUCUUUAUUGUUCCUUGGUUAAUGCUACCACAUAGCUGGUUGCAUAGAUUCCAAGUGUCAGAUGCAAGAAAUCAGUUCAUGCCUGUAUCUACUUAUUGAUACUGAGAGAGACCAGCUGGAAUUGGCAAAAUCAAAAUUAAAGAAGUCUCCUUAUUUUGAAAAUUGACAAAGAUGAGUGUUAGCUCAGUGAAUUUCUACUGUAUUUUUCGGACUUUUUUUCUCUAAAUUGACAGAAAAUCACGUAAAAAAUGUCACAUAUUAAUUUCGUAUCACUGUAUGACAUUGAAUUUUGUUCAUACUACUGCAGUUUCUAAAGUUUUGACACAGCUGUAAUACCCAUGCCUCGCGGCCAAUUCCUGCCGUGUUACUUAUCCUUUAAUCUCAGCUCUUUUUUUUUUCAAACAUGAUUCUAAAUUUGUCGAUAGUUUAAAUCUCCCUUAAAAUUAAAAAUAUUUUUUAUGAAUCAAUUGAGCAAUCAAAUUCCACUCAAGCUUUGAGUUUUUUUGUAUUUAGAUUUUUUUUUUUUUUUAAGAAACUAACUUUCUUUAUCUACAUCAUAAUUGAAUGCAAAUAACUUAAAAACCACCGCAUUGUAUAACUUUAAGUAUUUUGUAUUUUCAUUGUGUGUACUGAGUCACACAGCUGUAAGUUUUUUAAUGUACACCCAAUUUGGCUAAUGGUAAAUUUUUAAUUUCCAUUUUAAAGUAAAAUAAACUAAAUCUGUAUUAAUUGGGAAAGAAAUUAAAAAUCUUAAAGUCUU